AGCCACUGCGAUCCACACUGAAACCCGCUGUGCUUCUAACAUAACCUCUUUGCGCUUUACAACCAGGGAGACAGAUCUUCGAUAUAGAUAACAGCUACUAGCCGUUUCGUUUGUAUUUACGGGGAAAUCGUACGUCGUUGUCCACGUUUCAGUAUCAACAUUUACACGAAGUGAAGACUUUAGACUUUAGUUGAAGAAUGGCUGAUACCAGCCCCGCUGCAAACUGCAUGGACAAGCUCAAAAGUUACGUGAAGACCCCGAAAGGGGUUAUUCUUGCAGCAGAAAUACUCAUCAGCCUCAUCAUCCUCAUCUGCUAUGCAUCCUCUUCGUACGGGGGGUACACCGCCGUGGCCAUCUGUACGAUGAUCAUUGCUAUGAUCUACUUCGGGGUCUUCAUGAUGGAGAUGGACAAGCAGAUCCUAUUCAUCAACUGGUUGUGGAGUGAUCUAAUCCGUGCUGGGAUCGGUGCAGGUCUCUACAUCAUAACCUCCCUGAUCGCGGUCAUCGGAGGGAAAGGCGACGGUGCCCUCAUCGCUGGCGGGGUCUUCGGUCUGCUUGCAGGUAUCCUGUUUGCCUACGAUGCCUACACCAUCUACCUGCAAUUCAAGAGCGGCAGCCAGCACGCAGCAGCUGGUACUGACGACACUGUUUAGUAGUCCAAGGCACCACAACCAAAUGUCAAACACACAGCAGCAAGAGAUUAAGAAAAACACAUGAGGAAGAUGAUGAUGAAGGAGCCGGAGGCGAAGAAGAGAGCAGAACAUGGCUGACGGCGGACAUCGGAGGGAGCAGACAACCUCCUGUUCCGACUCCGAGGAAGAGGACAUUUAUUUUAAAGGUGCAAUGUGUAGGAUGUAAGUGGAGUCCAGCAGUGAGAAACAAACUGAAUCCCCCCCCCCCCCCGUGUAACCCUAUAGGGCAUAUCUGACAAGUAAGAUUUAGGAUAGUUAAAAAAAAAUUAAAAUUUAAAAUGGGGCCUCUUUUGAGCCAUUGGUCCAUUCUGGGCUGCCGUAGAAACAUGGCGGUGCAACAAGGUGGUCUCCGUGUCAGGACCCUCUCCCUAUGGAGAUAUAAAGGGCUCAUUCUAAGGUGACGAAAUACAAUGAUUCUUAUUUCCACGGGAUCAUACACUAAUGAAAUCAUGCUUCAUAAAAAUCAUACAUGAAUAUUCUAUUACAUUUCUGCCAAGUCGGUUCUUAGAUUCUACACACUGCCCCUUUAAAGGUCCGGACCAGGAAGGUGAACGUCUUCGCUGACCAACCAGUGACCUGCAUGUGUUCUAUCUAGUGCUUGCGUAAUGGUUGGGUUGCAUCAGGGUUUUCCUCGUUAAACCUUAACUACGACUUCAGUGUGCCCCUGCGGGAUUUAGUGUUUGGUCAUGUAAAAAGGGAAAGUUGUAAAUAUGGCACUGUAAAGCAUUUGUUUGUAUCCCUAAAGCGGUUUUCUCACUCUAUUUAGUUUAGUGCACAUUUCUACUGUUUUUAACGGAAUAUAAUGGUAAUGUCGACUGUGGCAAAGUCUCCUUGUCCACUUAAUACUCUGUAUGGAUUUAAGAAACAGUUUAAACAUGAACGGGCGUUUAUGGAAUUACUUGAUUUGUUCUAAGUUUUGGUUUAAAUAUAUUUUUUGGUGUUCAUGUUAAGUAAAGUUUACUCGAAGAUUCAGGCUUACAACCAUCAAUGCCCAAACCCUUUCAUGCUCUCCCUGCCAUUUCAACGUUAAUUGUCAUGCUUUGUGAGAUAUAGUGCCUUAAUCUGGUCCCAACUAACAACCACGAGUUACAUUAGUUCUUGUCUGGUCUAUGCUGUGUUUAAUACUCAAUAAUACUGUUUUUUUUUUUACAGACCAAAGAUGAACUAAUGUGAGGUUUAGGCCUACCUAAUAUGCCUGUUUGUAUUGGUAUUCUACUGGUUCUUAUCAAAGCACAGUCUUUGUUCAGUCAAAGUUUUGUAAUAAAUUAAUCACCAAAGACCUUUGUCUUCUUGCUUGAGGGAAGCCCAUCACUCUAAAUGAUUUUCAAUUCUUUCUACUCAGGUCUUGUGUGUGUUUUUUCAUGUGUGGUCGUAACAAGUUUCCAAGGUGCAAAAUUAAAGUGUAUAAAAUAUAUUUUAUAGCAGCCAAACAAAACGCCUUUUGUGGAUGUGUCUACUCAAUGACUUGAAGAAGCUGUGUUUGAGAGCUUGUGAAUGGUAUUUCUGGAUUUGGAUAUUAUGGUAUUAAACUUUAAACUGUACAAUUGUAUUUUAAUUUAAAGGUUGAAGUUUUUGAAAGAAGCCUAAAUGUUGUUAACUAAUAAGCUUCAUACGUUCUGCCGUUUAAAUUUCACAACAUCAGUGAUUUCAGAAAUAAAACAGAUUGUUGCCACAA